AUGCUGGCAGCAGAACAUUCUAGAGAUUCUGACCAGCAUAAAAGGAGGGCGUCUGCGCUUUUCCUUCUUCCCUCAGGCAAGCACAGUCCUAGGACGUCAAGUGGAGUCGCCGUUAUAUGGCCGACCGAAUCGGAUCGAUGGGAUGUGGGUUGCCGGAGUAGGGAUAGGAUCCUCCUUAGGCGUCCUGUGGUGGUCGUGAGAGGGUUUUGA